UACCUGAAAGGAGCGCACCUGGAUCCAACGAGACGGAAGUAGUUUGCAAAGAUUGAGAAACGCUGCACAACUGUGUUCUUUUUGGGCAACAAUUACUCUGGAAUUCCACGUUAUCUUGAAUAUGAUUUUCAUUUAGCGAUAUGCUCGACAAAACUUGAUGGACUUUUAAAUCAAUCAUUUGGAGUCUAUUUCCCAUCCUUUUUAUGUAACGUCCCGGUUACCUCUUCUGGUGGUGCAACUGACUGGUAGGUGAAGUACUGUCUCAAAGUUAUCUACCCCACACAUCUCCAGAAGAAUGAGUGGUCUCCGCAGAGUUCUCAGAAGGCGAUUACACCCCUUAAAACUGGUGAUAGUGGCCCUUAUUUUUGUCACAUUUCUCUUCCUAAUACAACGUGAGGUAGUAAGCCAAAGUCCCUCCCUAGAAGAGCCCUGGCUGAAGGAGAUGGCUGUCAAACGGGAUGCCAUGCUGGGCAUGGUGAUGGGUGCUGUCAAUAACUUUAGGGACGCCAUGCCAAAAAUGCAGAUCAAAGCCCCAGUGCGUCAGCAUGACAAUGCAGGGGACUUCUCCUGUUUGCCAGGGACCUACACGGCUGCUGAGCUGAGGCCAUCCCUGGAGCGUCCACCUCAGGACCCCAACAGCCCCGGGGCCUCUGGGAAGCCCUUUCACACAGAUAAACUGAGCCCUGCUGAACAGAAGGAGAAGGACCGGGGAGAGGAGAAACACUGUUUUAACCUCUACGCCAGUGACCGCAUUUCUCUCAGCCGUGACCUGGGUCCUGAUACCAGACCACCAGAAUGUAUCGAGCAAACGUUCAAGCGCUGUCCCCCUUUGCUGACCACCAGCGUGAUCAUUGUGUUUCACAAUGAAGGCUGGACUACUCUGCUGAGGACGGUGUACAGCGUCCUCCACACCUCCCCUGCCAUCUUCCUCAAGGAGAUCAUCCUGGUGGACGAUGCCAGUGUGGACGACUCCUUGAAAGAGGAGUUGGAUGAAUAUUUGAAGCGGCUGCACAUCGUGCAUGUGGUGCGGCAGCGGGAGAGAAAGGGCCUGAUCACCGCUCGGCUACUGGGAGCCUCGGUGGCCACCGGAGACAUCCUCACCUUCCUCGACGCUCACUGUGAAUGCUUCAGUGGCUGGCUUGAGCCUCUACUGGCCAGGAUAGCAGAGAACUACACUGCAGUAGUGAGUCCUGACAUCACUACCAUUGACCUCAACACUUUUGAGUUUAUGAAGCCCUCGCCGUACGGGCAGAACCACAACCGUGGUAACUUCGACUGGGGCUUGUCCUUCGGCUGGGAGAGUCUACCGGACCACGAGAAACAACGGAGGAAGGAUGAGACCUAUCCUAUUAAGACACCGACUUUUGCUGGGGGACUCUUCUCUAUCUCCAAGGACUACUUCUAUCUCAUCGGAAGCUAUGAUGAACAAAUGGAAAUCUGGGGCGGCGAGAAUAUUGAAAUGUCUUUCAGAGUGUGGCAGUGUGGCGGUCAGCUCGAAAUCAUCCCUUGCUCCAUCGUGGGUCACGUGUUCCGCACCAAGAGCCCCCACACCUUCCCCAAGGGCACCCAGGUGAUCGCACGCAACCAGGUGCGGCUGGCCGAGGUCUGGAUGGACGACUACAAGGAAAUCUUCUACCGGCGCAACCAGCAAGCCGCCCAGUUGGCCAAAGACAGGGCCUUCGGAGACGUCGGGCGUCGUGUGGACCUCCGGGAGCGGCUGCAGUGCAAGAGCUUCUCCUGGUAUUUGAAAAAUGUGUAUCCAGAGGUCUUCAUGCCUGAUCUCAACCCGCUCCACUUUGGGUCGGUGAAAAAUGUAGGUAAAGACUCGUGUCUGGAUGCAGGGGAGAACAACGAGGGAGGGAAACCGCUGAUCUUGUAUCCAUGCCAUGGCCUCGGAGGAAACCAGUAUUUUGAGUACUCGACCCAUCAUGAGAUCCGGCACAACAUUCAGAAGGAGUUGUGUUUGCAUGGGACUGAUGGAGCCGUGAAGCUGGAAGACUGCCAGUAUAAAGGCCGCAAUACGUUUGUAGGAGCAGAACAGAAGUGGGAGUUAAGGGAGAACCAGUUAUUCUACAUCCCAGGAUGGAACCUGUGUCUGAGUGCUCGUCAUGAGCACCCCUCGUUGGUGGCCUGUAACCCCUCAGACAGAUACCAGCUGUGGCUCUACGUCUGACUACAAGACACACAUGGUGGACGAUGUGUGCCUUGGUAUCCUAGGACCAUUAGAACAAGUAGCAAUUGGCGUACAUUUUUGUUACGUUUUAUUAUCGAAGUUGAAUUUGUAUUUAUUUUUAUACGUAGAAGAACUGCUGCUGGAAAGUUUGCGAUUUGAGGAGAACGUAACCUCGGGAAGGAAGCGUUCAAACUGAUACUAAAGACUGUUUGUUUUAUUCCUUUUAAAAAAAAAAUCAUGAUUUGUGUAAAGGAAUUGUUUUUCUUGUCUUACACGCCAAAUGCUCUCUGUAGAUUGAUGGAGGUAGCUAGGACUGUGGAAAGACUUUGGAUGGAUACUGAAUGAAGAGAGAUUUCUUUGAAGAAUACGUUUUUUUUUAUUUUUAUAGUGUGUACUUCGGCGGGAAAUCAACAUGACAUUUUAUUUAAUUACCAAGGUUUGUUCUUUAUUGCCCACACUGAAUAAUUUAUUAAUAUAAAUGUGAAAACCAACAACAAUGGACUGUCAAAUAAUGCAGUAGUGCACUUGCCUCUUGCACAAACUGAAUAACUUCGAUGUUAUACACCAAAGACUAAUCAAGUUUUUUUUUCUUCUUUUCUAUUAAAGACAUGCUCCAGAACAA